AGCUUAAAAUCGCAGCAUAUUACAAUAUCUUAAAUAUGUUCACAUAUGUAUAUUUAAUAACGCUGCAGUUGAUAAGAUAUACACAAUCAGCUUGUGACAGUAAUUCAUCGUAGAUAAAGCUGUUUAAACUUAUCCCUAUUUGCCUAACAGAUAUCAAGAAAAUGUUCAACGUAUAUACUUAUUCUGUUUACCUAGCAGUAUGCUGCGCUUACUUCUUUGGAUUGCACGCUGAGGAAGAGCAUUAUUCAGUGCGACUUAAGAACUGUACAUCGCAACAAGAGUGCCCUGAUCAUUCCAUAUGUACAAAGGUUGAAGGCAAAUUCCAAUGCAUCUGCUGGCAGGGAUACCAUCAGAAUCCGGACUGGUCCGCAGGCUACUUCGACAUCAGCGACUCGGAUUACUGCACGAGCGAACCGUCAAAUAAAACUGUUAUCGUUCACAAUCGCCUACCAGCUAAGAACGAAAAUCUGGCAGUCGUCAUUCUAUUGGUGUUAUUUGCAGUCAUCGUUGUUAUUGUGGUAGUGUAUUGCUUAGUUGUACUUCGUCCAAUUAGUCGCACUAUAACUGUUUACCGUCGGCUAAAAUUGAAGCGCUCAAACCAUAAUCGGCUCGAGGAGUUUUACGAUAUUGACAUGACAUUUCGCGAUACGCAUGCAAAAGCGGAAUGUGCCUGAAAACAGAGAAUGUUCGACUUGAAAAACUGCAGCUGUAAACUAU